AGAAGAAAAUAGAGGCGACGCCAUUUAUAUCUCAUUAUCAGCGCGAGUAGUGCAUGUUAUUCUGUGUUCUCUUUCCCUCCGGUCUAGAUGAGGCUGUAACGAUUAUUCAGGCCCUGGGACUUGGCCGCUGGAAGUUGGGACUGGGAAGCGCAAACGGGAGUCUAGCUUGGUUAUUCGUAGUGACUUGACGUGUUAAGGCAAAUUUAAAUUUGUACAUUUAAAAUGGUUACAUUAUUUCCUCUUUUCUUCUUGCUGGCGUUCGCGGUGUGUGAAGAUAACGUGCGAUAUGCUGCAGUUAUUUAUAGACAUGGUGAUAGAACCCCCGUUAACUUCUACCCCAACGACCCAUGGCACAACGAAUCCAACUGGCCUGUGAAACCUGGACAGCUGACUAAUGAAGGGAAGAGGCAGCACUUUGCUUUAGGACAAUGGCUUCGGAAGCGCUAUGCGCAUUUGGUGUCUGCUAACUUCAAUCCUACUGAAAUAUAUGUGAGGUCUACUGAUGUCGAUCGCACCCUUAUGUCUGCUCAAGUAAACUUAGCUGGAAUGUACCCACCCAAAGGGCAAGCAGUUUGGAACAAUGAUUUGAAUUGGCAGCCAGUACCGGUGCACACUGUCCCAGAGUAUGAAGAUGAGGUUCUGGCAAUGAAGAGGAAAUGUCCAGCCUUUGACAGAGAGUAUGAAAAGUUGAAGCGCACAACUGAAUACAAAAACAGGCUAAAUCGUUUUCAGAAUCUCAUGGAGUACCUGUCCAUCAAUAGCGGUAUGAAAGUGAAGGAUUAUGACGAUAUCGUUGAUAUUUAUAGCACACUUUACAUUGAGUCCUUGUACAAUUUCACCCUCCCUAACUGGACGGCGUCAGUCUUUCCUGACAAGAUGCGCGAGCCGGCCUGUUACAGUUUCGUUACAUCGACUAUGACGCCGAUGCUCGCUAGGCUGAAGGCCGGGCCAUUCCUCCAGGAUGUUAUUGGCUCUAUGAUGUACAUAAUUUCCAAUGAGACCAUUGGUAGCAACUAUACCUUGCCGCGGCUUGCCAUCUACAGCGGACACGACUAUACAAUUGGGAAUAUCCUCAACGCGCUGGGCGUCUUUGACAAGAACUGCCCGCCCUAUACCGCCACCAUUUUCAUGGAAUUGAUCAAGGUUGACGUGAGGUACUACGUGCGCAUAUCUUACCGUAAUUCGACUGAGAUUGUGGAGCCCCGUGUUCUGAUCCUGCCGCACUGCGCCCAGGACUGCCCCAUCGCACGUUUCAAUGAACUGUACCGUAACUUACUGACUGUUAACUGGAACUAUGAAUGCGGCAAACAGUUCCCCCCGCUGCUUGGAGUCUCGUUCUUUGUCGGUUUGGCUAUAUUUUUUACGAUGUAUAUCGUGCAUAAGCUUCACUUCGCUAGGGUGUCGCAUAAUUACGGCAGGCAACGGAGUGGGUUCGAAAAUUUAGUGAAUAGGAUCGCAAUCCAAAUUCAACGUUAAUUACCAUUGAGAGAAGUACGGUGAGCACAGUGACUACUGGUUACGGCUACUCAAAGUUUGGAUCCCCGACUUUAACUAUCCUAAAAUCCGGGCCUUCCUAAAUCAUUUUCUGUUCGUGUUAUGCGUGAACUUAUCACUUGCAAAGAUGUUAUGCCUGGCCCGUUACGGAUACUGCAAGUUGUUUUAAAUCAACACAAGAACACGUUUGAAUUUGAAUGUGUACUUGACACGCAUAACUUAUUUAUAUUAAUUAUGUAUAUUCCGACAAUAUAAUAGUAUCUUAUUCACACAUGAUAAUGAUUAAAAUUGCUGGUAGUACUUAGAGCCUGUGGACAUCUGAGAACUUUGAUGUAAAACAUAAUAUUUCAGACGUUUGUUUAACUUUUUAUACAAUUAGUCAUUUGUCGAUUAUACAUUUAUAUUUGUUAUAUAUUUAUUUUUUUAUAUUUUUUGAUCUGACUACGUAGAGUUUACGUUGUUUAUUUCGUACAAUCUGUCAGUCCGGAUAAAUGGUGCACAAGAGACAUAUCUAAUACUACUCGCGACUUGCCGAAUGGUGUAUAUCAUUUUAAACAUAAGAUUGUAAAUGCUAAGUUACCGAUUUAUCUCAGAAGUUCACCGGAAUAUUUGAUCUGUACGUAUAAGGGCUUUCAUUUCUAUAAGUAUAUAAUAUUUGGAUAUGGAGAGAUAAUGGAACGUUUGUUAAUUAUACCAUUGUAAGUUGGAGUGUUAUCACUAAAAGGCUUGUGGACCCUCUUACUUACAAACAUUAUGAACCAGUACAUACUGAAGUACUGCGCACUAUUUGUCAAGAGAACGAAACAAACAUGGACAAAGCAAUACGCUCAUUGAAGUUACAAAUACGGGGAUUAAUUUUUAUAAUUUUUUUACAUUAACGUUACUAAUUUUUCCAACGAAAAUACAUAUAUUACGACUGUUUUAUAGUGUUAAAAUUGCUCAAAUAAGCGUUACUGGUUCGCAAUUUAAGAAUUAUGCUCCUAAGAAUACAGUAUUUUCUAUUAUUUUUCUAUUGUGAUGGUAUGUAAGUUGGAAUUUUCGAACGUUAAUUACGCGUGUACCAAAGUUUCGCGGGUUAGUGGUGCACGUAAUGUAAUGUAGGCCUGGUUUGAGGAAUGUGAAAUUUUUCUGUCAUUGGUACUUAUUAAUGAAAGUCCACUUGAAGUACAGAGUUUUUCGAUGUCUUGCCUACUUGGUAUAGUAUGUGUGGUUAUAAUAAGGCUCAAUGUGUAUCUUAAAUGUGAAUUUUAUCAAGGUUGUAAUUUAUUCAAGUAGUGUCGAUAUUUUGAAAUGUAUAUUAAUUAAACACAUGCAAGUUUUAUGAAAUGUGUCAACAUUUAAUAUCAUAGUGUCUAGUAUAAGGUCUUCGUGGAGAGUUUGAAUUGAUACGAGUAACCAGCGAGAUGAGGCUAUAAUCUUGACAUUUUUAUAUUUUGUUGAUGUAUGUUAAGUUGCGAAAUUAAUUUAGUACCUAAUUGUACUACGCGUAUCAUUUUUGAACUUCUUUUCCAACAUCAUAAAUAGACAGGCCAAUAUACUUAAACCUAGGGAAGGUAUUUGUAUAAUGAUAUUAAAUUAUCGUAUCACAAUUUGAGUUGUGACGUCAGACGAUAUUAUACCACAAUGUGUGUUCUUCGCUGUCACAAAAGAUUACAACUUCUUUUGUGAUUUUAUGUCACUUGUAUUUCUAAGAGUUUAUAUUAUAACUGUAGACUAUGUUUGAAUCAUUAUAUCUAUUGCUAAACAUUGUAUACAUUGAGACAAAAUUUUGACUAUUAUAUUGAAUAGGGUGUAAAUGCUUGAUGGUAACACUAUAGUAACCAUUGCGUGGUCCUUGAAUGAGUAGAGUCAAAGACUGAAGUAACAAUUUUAUACGACUUGUUAUGACAGUUGAUAUUAAAAUUAAAAUUUACAUUAUAAUAAAGUUAUAUUUUUUAUAGCAAGAACAACGACGAUGGUCGCAAAAACCUUUGUUUUUUUUUUAUUUGUCAACGAUAAUAAAACUUACGAAACUUGUGCGGUGUCCAAAAUUAGGCACAAGUAAAUCGAAUUGGCUUGUCGAAACAUGACUAUUUAUGACUAACUUUUUGCCUAUAGGUGAUGCAUUAGUUUAUUUGUUGAUAUUAAUUAUAUAUUAUUUCUCAUACGGUGGAAAAAUACUUGGGUACUGAACUGUGAGAAUGGUACUGUUUGUCCAAAGACAUUGUUCUCUAUGACUAUCUUACAAUUUCCGAGAUCUCUUAUGUUUACUUAGCGUGCGCUACCGACCGGGUGGUGCGUUUAAACAGGUUUUGCUUUAAAUGUGUAGCGUACGUGGUGUUCUGGUAUAUCUAUAGAUUAAAUGAUGAAUUUCAUGAUAUGCAUAUUAAUGUGGUUUAAAGUAAUAUUCCAACAUAAUGUAGCGUAGACAUGUUAUGAGGUAUACCUUUAUAUUUGAUAGGUGUUUCGAUUUUAUGUAUAAGCAGAUCGGAACCGAAAUUUUUCUUCUAAAUGAAAUUUUCAAUAGGAAAUUGUCUUUCGAGGUUCUAAAAAUAUACUGCCAGUUUUGGAGGUUGUUUUAAACAUUGGCAAAUUAGUUAUUGCCAUUUCGUCUUGAAAGUUACUUUUCAAUUGUUCCAACAUAUUAUCCAAAAUAAGGCCUAUUGGCGAUAACUGGAUUUAUUUCUUAUGUACCUACAAGUGUACCUAUAUUUCUAUUAUCUAUUGUAUCUUAAUGUGGUAUAAAUAAAUAAAAUUAUUGCAACAAAAUA